AUGGAUAAUUCAACGCAUUUUUCGACCAUUAUAUUGACUGGAUACAUUGAUAUUGGGAAUAUUAAGUACUUAUUUUUCUUUGUUUUGGUCCUGUUGUUUGUAGCAAUCCUUGUAGCAAAUCAAUUAAUUAUUGGAAUAAUAUGUAAGGAGAAGUCCUUGCAUGAACCUAUGUAUGUUUUUGUAUGCAGUUUGUCUGUAAAUGAAUUGUAUGGCAGCAUUGCUUUAUUUCCAUCUCUUUUAAGUAAUAUGCUAUUGUCAAAGAUUCCAGAAGUUUCACUGACCUUUUGCCACAUUCAGAUAUUCACUUUAUACACGUAUGCAUCAGUAGAAUUCUGUAAUUUAGCAGUCAUGUCUUAUGACAGAUAUGUAGCCAUCUGUCAUCCUUUGGAAUAUCAUAGAAUCAUGUCUCCUGCCAUGACAGCUACUUUGAUCGCUCUGGGCUGUGUACGGCUAAAGUUGUGUGGAAAUGUAAUGGACAAAGUAUGGUGCGACAACUACAUGCUUGUGAAACUGGCCUGCUCAGACACAACAGCAAAGCACUUCUUCCCUACCAUGGAGGAAGCCGUUCAGCGGAACACUCGCAGCACUCAGGCCAGCUGCCGCUUAAAAGGCCCCUCUGGCAAAACCCAGAUCCUGGUCGGCUGGGUCGUUCUCAUUUCUGUGCGGCGCAGCACUUCCAUGAGUAGAAGUACAAGCCCCACCUACCUGUCCGAGCUCAGGCUGUUGAGCUUGCCUGUCUUGCGAAGCACUUGCUGUUCUCCAUUGGCUAGCCAGGUAGCGGAGCGCAUGGUGGUCGACUGCCCACCAAGGAUCUUACUCUACCAACGCAGAUGUGUGGCUGGCAGGCUUCAUUCUUCACUCUGA